AAUUCCGGUUUGUUUACGUUAUUUCCUGUAUACGUAAAAACUUUUCGCUAUUUCUCGUUCUCAGACGAUUUGUAUUUAUUGAUUAAUUCGAGUGUUCUGUAUAUUUGUAUGGAUUAUCUUUCGUUGAGUUUAAUACAGGAACAAAAACAACCAAAGUAAUCGAUAAAGACAAAAUCCAAAGCCUAGAGCGCAUUGCGCAUGUGUGGAGGCGGCUAAAUUCAAAACUCAAACGUUAGCAUCGAGGCUCGUUGACGUGAGCUGCAGUUUUCAGGUUCGCAUAUCGAACCGGCCAAAUAUAAGCGACAUGAAAGCAAUUUUAAGUUAAUUUACCAGGAAUAACACAACCGUAUCCUUUGUAAAACGCGUGGGGUUAACUCCUAACAACAAUAAGUUGAAAAUGGAGCCUCUGGAUCCUGCCAAGAAUGAUGAAAGCAGUGGAUUCUCCAAGCGCCGCAUUUCUUCGAUUUUGAAAGCACCACGAAAGUCAACCAGAUUCCCUGAUCCAGAGCAACAGGAAAAUGUGGUGGAGUGUGCCAAGCCAGCAGAAAAGAGGAAUUCAAGAAGAGUCAGUUUUGCGCCUGCCAACAAUGUUCUCCUGUUCUCAAGCGAUGUAAAAAAUGCCUCUCCUGCCCGGAGUCCUUUACAAGAUUUAAUGACAACAUCAGCAGCCACACAGAAUAGGGUUCAGGUGGCACACACCGAAGAUGGGAUUCAACAAAUUACAGGAAUGGAAACCUUAUUGAAUGCUCCUCUACAUGCUUCUCAACAAAGGGAUAAGGUCAACUUUGAUACUGGGAAUGACUUUGGGGAGAAAACAGUGAUGUUUUCCACAGAUGAUGCAUUCAUGGACAUGACCCACUGUCAAACUAUAAACAUCGCCAAUGAUGCACAACUCCUUCCAGACAUAUCCCAUCAAAACUAUGCCGUUUUUCCCAGCAGCAGAGACAAAACGGUCAUGUUCACUGCAGAUGAAGGAUCCAUGGAUAUGACCCUAAGUCAUACUGUGAACCUAACAAGUGGAUCAGUGUCACUGCCCACCUGCAGAAGCACAGGUCUAAAUGCAGAGACGAGGAACAUAUCCUCAUCAGUGCCUUGCUUGGAUCCUGAAUUUGAAAAUUUCCUUGCAAGUAUCUUUAAACCAAGUCACCCUGGUGUUAAUCCUGUGAUCACCAGUGUGACACUUCCUGCUGGAGCAUCCUCUGAAGAAACAAGCAGCUCACAGGCCCAGCAUAAAACACAAACGGAUUAUGUUGAUAAAGAAAAUCAGGCUCCCACCUCUGUUUCAGCUGCGAUGGAGAAGUCGCUAAACGCAUCAAGGAAGACGAGAUCUUAUGGAAGUGUCCUCUGUCAAAAGGAUGAUGUAAGCAUGGAUAUGACUGUAGCUCACACAGGCCGCAUUCAAGGCUUCACUGAUGAUGACGGUCCCUGUCAGGGACAAGAAGUGCACUCCCACCCUAACAGCAGGGUGUCACAGACAACAGAGAAGACAAAACAGCAGCAGAGCAGUAAAAUGCUGGCAUCAUUCAACCCUAAAGAUAUGACAUCCUCGACGAAUUCUGCUCUACAUGCUUCUCAUCAGAGACACAAGGUCAGCCUUGAUACUAAAGAUGAAUGCAGAGAGAAAACAAUAAUGUUCACUGCAGGUGAUGAGUUCAUGGACAUGACUCAGAGUCAUACAGUAAACAUUUCCAGUGGUUCAUUAGCUCCUCCAAACCAAAACCGUACUUGUGGGAAAAGGGACAAUGCUUCAUCUCUAGAGGAGAGAAAACGUGAGACUUGUGGUCUGCCCAGUUCAUCAGCAAGUGGUUUGGAUCCAGGAUUUCAAAACUUUCUUGCAAGUCUCUCUAAAACAAGCGUCCCCAAUGCUAACGCUGUGCCUCCUGGCGCAGCUUCCUCUAAGGAAACUGUCGACACAUACACCUCCCUGACCCAGCUUAAAACUGAUGCUGGUGAAGAAAAUCAGUCACGAAAUGCAGCCGUGAGCCCUGGAGGCUCAUUUAAUGGAGGUGCAGUCUGUUCUGAAAGUGAUGUGAGCAUGGAUAUGACUGAAGCUCAGACAGGCCGCAUCACAGGGCCCAGUGGCUCAGAUGAUCCUUGUCAGUUUCUUUUUCCCAUACGAGACAUGAAGAGGACAGAGAUCACCUCAGGACAAGCACCGGGAUCAUCCAAUAGUGCCGACAUGGAAGCCUCACUGAAGCCAGUCUUAAAGACAAAGAUCCUCCAAAGGUCAUCAGGACAUCAGGUCAAAUUUGAUGCUGAAGACGCCUGCAGUGAGAAAACAGUGAGGUUUUCUGCAGAUGACGCAUGUAUGGACGUGACGCAAAGUCACACUGUGAACAUUGCAGCUGAUUUCCCCACACAAGACGUGUCCCCUCAGAAUAAUCGUUUGAAGAAAGCAGCGAUGGCUUCACAGCAGCAGCGCAGUGAAGCUUUGAGGUCAUCUGACCGCAAAGGUAUGGAAACCUCAUUGACUGCUUCUUCAAAGGUUCUUCUUCAAAGACAUCAGGUUAAGUUUGAUGCUGAAGACGACUGCAGAGAGAAAACAGUGAGAUUCACCGCUGACGAAGCCUGUAUGGAUGUGACACAAAGUCACACCGUAAACAUUGUCAGUGAUUUAGAAAUGCAUUUACACCAAAAUAUGGACUUUCUGCCUUCUUGUGGAGAAAAAACUGUGAGGUUCACUGCAAGUGAUGCAGCCAUGGAAGUGACACAAAGCCACACCGUAAACAUCGCCACUGGUUUCGACCCACAGUCACACCACAAAGUGGGCUUUUUACCUGGUGGUGGAGAGAAGACGGUGAGGUUCACUGCAGAUGAUGCAGCCAUGGAUGUGACCCGAAGUCACACUGUGAACAUUGCAGCUGAUUUCGACCCACAGUCACACCACAAGGUGGACUUUUUACCUGGUGGUGGAGAGAAGACAGUGAGAUUCAGUGCAAAUGAUGCAGCCAUGGAUGUAACACAAAGUCACACUGUGAACAUUGUCAGUGAUUCAGUGACAGAAUCCGUUCUUCCACACCGAGAUUCUAACAUUUUAUCCUUCCGCGAAAACAUGGAUUUUCCUCCACCCGUGAAGAAGAGAGAAAAUGAGUCAUGUUUUCCGCUUAGAAGCCGACCUUCAUCAGCACACACUUUACAUACAGGAUUUAAAAACUCCCUCUGUAGAACAAGUGGCCCCUGGGCUAAUCCUGUGAUCACCACAGCGGCUCCUGCUGCAGUUUCCUCUCAUGAAACUGCAAGCACAAAUGGCUCUCUGGACCAGCCUAAAAUGCAGAAACCCGAUGUUGAUACUGAAAAGGAAGCUCCAGAUUGUGUUUCAGCUGUUGUGGAGAAUCCAGUAAAUAAAACCGUGGCAGACAGUCCAGAGGGUGAUGUAAGAAUGGAUAUGACUGAAACUCAAACAAACCACAUUUUGGGACAAAGUUGUACAGAUGAACCACCUCAUUGCCCUUCUUCUACAGAGGACUUCUAUCUCAAAUCUGACCCUUUGACUAAAACAGAGAUGACCUCACAACCGAGCAGUGGAGCACUGGGAUCAUCCAACCCUGAAGUGACGGAAAUCACAAAACACACAGAUUAUUUUGAUUCAAAUGAGACUGACAACAGGAUGGAAUCUGAAUCAAGAAAUCCAUCAUUUUCACCCGGUGCUGUUGAUGCAGCACCUUCACGGAAAUCCAGGCGAAUGAGUUUAGCCGACAUUCAUUCAAAAAUCAGGCGUCUGAGCCACAUGAUAAAUACAGCCCCUGAUACAAUUGCCGUUGGCAGCUGCGCAGACCCUGCGCCUCCGCUGGAACACGACAUGGACCAAAAUUCAAAAGACAAAACCAAAUCUCUACCUGCAAGGGAGCCUGAACUCGAAAUGGCUUUAGUAAACACUGAAGAAAGUACACAGGAAAGUACUCCGUGCCCUAUAGAAGGAGAACCCUUUACUGCUACCACAACUCCUUUCACCUUGGAGACUAAACAUCUUCUGUCAAGGCUCUCAGUGGGGGCCUUUAAGCCGAAACUCCCACCAAGAAGCAAACCUGAUGAUCCAAAGAAGGUGACAUUGGAGGGAGAACAUACGAAGACAAUCACGGUCAAUGUCACAAAUCAGCUGAGCAACUUUGAAGAUGAUGUGAGCGAUAUUUACGAUGAAGAGCUCGCUAGCUGUGAAGAUGUAUCUGAAAUGCUGGACCCAAGGAGUCUCCAGAAAGCCACUGAAAAAGGAAGUCCUCUAAAGGAUAAUGUAUUUGAAGAGGACCUCAUCAGUGCUGUCCAUGGAAAAAAGAGGCAUUUGCCAGUAGAUGAGAGUAAUAUGGAGGAUGAGAAGAGAAUGAAAGCGUCCAUCGAGACAGAUGCUCACUCUGAAAUGGGAUCACAGUCUCCUCUGGUGGGGGGUGACAGCAACAUGACCACAGCUCCCUGCAUGACGACGCAGACCACAGAUGAAUCCAACAGCAGUCACACAGCCAGCAUCAGAUGCGAAGCUACGUUUGAAUCGACUUUCAAACAAAGCCUGUUCGAGUCUCAACUCGAAGACUACGCCAGUGACAUGCAGAGGAAAUUCGAUGAUGGCACCAUUACAGUGCUGGAGUUCUUUAAAAUCUUCAACAUAGACUUUGUUAUCCAUAAUCCUCGGCAAAGCGUCCUUCCAGAACGACUUUUGUCAGACACAGAUCGCACACCGAUGGAUUUGCUGAAAGACAAGCAUAUCAACCGUCUGAAACAGAUGGUAUAUGAGACAAACGUCCUGAACCUCACAGAAAAAGUGGAGCGGUUGAAGGAGCGAAUGUGGGAUCUAGACAAACCACUGAAGACGGUCAAUAGACCUUUGUGGGAAGAAAUAAGGAAUUCUUCGGAGAAAGAGCUCAAAUCUUUUGGCGCAAAACUAAAGGAGAGAAAUAACUUGUUCAGAAAGACCAGCAAAGUUCAGUCACAUGAAAUGAAGGAGGUGUUGUACUCACACCUUGUGCAGGCUAAUCUGGAGGAGCAGCAGAAGUUGAGAGGAACGAUUGAGGAGGCAGAUGAGAUGAUAAAAAGUUUGGAUGACUGUAUUCGUCAGUUAGAAACAGAACUCGCUGCAGUUAAAGAAAAAGGCUUCAAAGGCAAACCAAGCCUGAAAUCAUGUCAGGAAGAAAUGAAGAAAAUCACUGAGGCUUUGGCAGAUAAUGACCAACAAAUAUCUGAACUGGAGAUGCAGAAGGUGCAAACUUCAAAGAAACUGAACAGGCUGAAAGCUGAGACGAGGAACCUCGAGAGCCAUGUCACCACACUGCAAAUGGUGAAUGAAUGGAAGUUUGGUGAGAACAGAGACAACUGCACAGUCUACACUUUUCUCCAUGAGACCUUCCAUCUGCAGUUGGUGUUCGAAAAACCCGAUGGAGCUGAUGCCAACAAUCAGGCUGAGAGGAAAAUAUCACACAUCGCAUUCAAACAUCAACUAGAUGAGGAGAAGUCUCAGGGCCACGCCUGCCUUGUUCAUAAGCUGCUCUCUCAGUACAUCGAGGGCGAAGCUGCCUGGGUGGAGAAGUAUCCAACAAGCAGACACGUUCCAAAGCUGCUCCACGACGUGGGCCUGGUGGUGAGCCGCUGUCGUCUGCUGGGGGAGGAGUUGCGCCUGCUGAAAAUGCGGGGAGGUCUAAGGCUGGAUGUUCUCGACAUCAGCUGUGUGGACACCAAUGUGCACAUUGUCUUCAGCAGUCUCAAGAAAUUUUCCAAGUUUGAGGUGAUCUUCUCCGUCAGCCUGACAAGCCACUUCUGCAGCCUUCAAGUGCAGAGUUUCAAAAACAUCAUCGGAAGCACAACGAUCCAGCAGAUUGAAGAGAUUGUGGCAUCGUUCAGUCCAGGCAAGAACCUGUUGACAAAGAUUGUCAAAAAGAUUCAUGAAGAUCUGCUCUGCUGAGACAGGAGUUUCGGUUCGCAAUGUUCAUAAUCAUACUCUUAUAUAUAAAUAAAUGUUGUAAAAUGAAAAACUUACUUUUUGAAAAUAAAAUGUAGAGUGUACGUCUCCAGCCUGUUUUCUUCAAUAGUGAUUUUAUGUCAUCAUAAUGCACCUGUAAAUUAUUUGUAAUGUUAUUAAAUCUCCUUUAGUGUUCCAAUGUUUAGAUGUCCAGACUUCUCAGAAAAAUGUUGUGAGGUUUGUUCUUGGAUGAUGUAAAGCAGAAUACAUGGCCAGUUUGAGGUUAUUCAGGUCGUGCUUACUUGUGUUACGUCUGUCAUCUUACGAGACGAUUUGGUUUUUAACUUGUGAAAUAUUAAAUUGAGUUGUCUUUCACCGGCCUGGAGAGCAGACGGUGCAGUGAUUUCUGUGCAGCUUCCAGAGUCGCCUCCAGGUGGUGAACAUGAACUGACUUUCCAGUUCGUUUUUGUUUUUUCUUUGUUUCUUUGUAAAGAGGCCCCCUGAUGCACAUUAGGAGGAUCCUGUGUAUGAAACAAGUCGUCACGUUCUGUUGGAGCUUUGUGUGAACAUAUGUAAAUAUAUUUCAUUGUGUUUUGUUCAGAAUGGUAUUACCAUCUUUUUUUAUUUCUUGAGGGGGGAAAAUAAAUUUGUACUUCAGUCAUUAGAGAACAAAAGUUGUAAAAUAAAUGAUCUGAACCCUGAUUAAAGAUAAGUCAAGUGUGAAA